ACAGCAUUCUUUCAUGUCAUAAAUCUGUACUUCAAGAAACGUGAUCACAAACCUGGUUGGCAAUUAACCUUGUGAUUAAUAUGUUUCAUCGAAUGAAAUCUUUCAGAUUCAGCAUAUCACCAACUUUUGAUCUUUGUUUGGCCUAUAAAUACCAUUGGCAAACAGGAGUCCCAUUGCAUCCAAAACUAUUCCAAGCAAACUCUUCCAGUUUUCUGUUUUUCUCAUCUUCUGCUUCCCCUGUGUAGAGCACAGUAGAGGUUCCAUCAGCUUGCUCUCAUGGCGUUCCAAACCCAAGGAUCCAACCUGAGGGCAUUGCUCGUUGAGGACAUCAAAGUGAACCGCAUGAUCCUGUCGCAGAUGCUGCGCAAAUUCCAAGUUGAAACCACUGUGGUUCAGAAUGGAAAAGAAGCUGUUGAACUAUUCCUUGGAGGAGAAACAUUUGAUAUUGUUUUGACUGACAAUCUUAUGCCCAUCAUGACUGGUCCUGAGGCAAUAUCCAAGAUCCGUGCCAUGGGUGCUACUGAUGUGAUGAUUGUUGGAGUCUCAGUUGACGCCAACAGCAUGGAAGAGUUCAAAGAUGCUGGUGCUGAUCUAUGUGUGCCCAAGCUGAAGCUUGAGAUUCUAGAGCACAUCCUUCAGGAGACCAGGAGCAAGAAGAACAAGAGCAGCGCUUAGGUUUCAGAAGAAAAUCAAGGGACUAUCUGUCAUCAUUUAGUGUCAUGGUUGUUAUCUUAUAAGAAUUUAGGUUUCAUGGUUGAUUAAUGCCUGGUUUGGUGUGAGUUCUGAUCCUUUUAGUUAUGGUUGUUGUCUUGUCAUCAUCUUUUUUAGAGUCAUGGUUUGUCUUAAAAUUUUAGAUUCAUGUUUGAUUUAUGCAUGGUUUGGUUGUAAUCCUCUCGGAACAAGUUAAAGUUAUCAAGAAUUUAUUAUUGAUGCUCA